AAGAGACAAAGCUACUUCGUUCGCGUCGACGGUCGCUGCUACUAGAAAGUCGUUGGCAGUUGGUGGGUGCGGUUGUUGUGUGAGUCGGAAAAAAGUGUGUCGAUUGAGUUUCGCGAGAAAGUUUUGCCCGGUUACAAGGUGUACUUAGUGAAGCGUAGAAGAAAAGAAGGUUAUUGUUGCUGCGUUCUUUGAAUUUUACGUUUCAUCGUUUUAACGAAUCGCUGUGGUAUCUCAGAGAUCGAUUGGGAGAAACGAGUUGGAACGCGUUUACGAUCGAAAAAGUUACGAUCGUCACGACAUCUCUGACUUACGACAGAUUAAUUUCGUCGCUUUUGGGAGACCAUCCCAACGAAAUUUAAAAAUUCUAAAACAGAAGAUACGCGCGACUAUCGCCGAAACUUUUAAGAUCGAAACAAAUUGUGUCAUAUCUUAGUCGAUAUUUGCGAAAGAACAAUCGAAAAGCGCUCAGUAUUUCUUUUCGCGCUGGAGCGUCGGCGAACGAAUACUAAACGCGAUCGUGCGACGUGGCGGCGACGCCAUUUUGUGAAGACUCCUGUGUGCGAACCACGAGCAACAACGGCCUCUCUCGAGCCGUGACCUCUCGAAUCACGGAAGGAAUAGUGCUUUCUUUUGAUCGCGUCGUCUCACGUCUCUAUCGGGGGGAAAAACAACGGAAGAAGUGGAAGAAGAAGAAGAAGAGUGGUACUGUACUAUCAACAAAAUUCUAUCAUAGACCGUUCGUCCUGGGUCGCAUUGCAUACCAACCAUGAGACUGGAAAUUGUGUCAGCGGCGGAUUUUUUGGUGCAUCUACUGCGUCUUCAGACAGGUCAACUGUCUGAACGUCAGCUGGAGAUGUUCAAGUCCUCUUUGACGGAGGUUUUGCGUCAUCGUUACAGGGAUCACUGGUUCCCAGAUCGACCAAAUCGUGGUUCCGGUUACCGUUGCAUACGUAUCAACGGUAAAAUGGAUCCAGUAAUUGCACAGGCAGGUGCUAACGUCGGUUUACUGCCAACGGUAUUGCAUAGCUUGUUUCCAAGCGAGCUCACCAUGUGGAUCGAUCCAUCGGAAGUAUCCUAUAGAAUCGGUGAAAACGGAUCUAUUUGUGUUUUAUACGAACGUACAGAACCUGAACCGGAAGAGUCUCAACAUCAGCAUCAACACCAACACCAGCAUCAACACCAUCAGCAGCAACAGCAGCAGCAGCAGCAGCAAUUCGAAAGUUGCAAGGAUUCGUUGUUAUUGGAGCAUUCGCAAUUUAGCGAGCAGAUCGCCGCGUUCGUUUCCAGUUGAAGCGUUUUUCUACGUAAAUUCAUCGAUGCGACAACACUAGCAUCUUGUUCCGUUUUCACUGGACGUGCAUCACGCUCUCGGAUUGAUCAAAGCACAUGGGUUUCAUGAUAUGUGAUGGCGUUCCUCCGGUCGGGUGAAUGUUUGACUCAUGCACACGAACGCGCAAUUUUACUCUGUAUAAGUCGAGUUUCAAAGGAAAUGAAGUGUGCACUGUUCUAUCUAAAUAAGGACAACAAACGUGUAAAAAAAUGUGUUUAACCGUUUUUUUUUUUUUUUGCUAAAGCUGAUUUAACCGAAAAAAUUCGUCCAAUACGUAUCGUUCGACGAGCUUUUGUCGGAGUCCCAACGAUCGUUAUGACGACCGACUCUAGUCCAACCGUACACAUACAUAUGUGUCAUCCUGAAUUUUUGUCAACCAUACGAAAGAGGAAGAGAGGAUAUUCAUGGCAAGAAGAGCACCAUCAUCGUUUGAAUAUUCAAGGAGAAUAUUGCGCGUUCGCGUAACGACGAUGUCUAACUAGACCAGCGGUCCUCUUACGUUUUGGCGUAUUUUACGAGAAGAUCCAGUUUUUCCAGCUCUUUCUGUUGAAAAUACCGACUGCUAGCGAGAUCGCGCCCGCAAAUGUGAGAAAAUAAUAUAUCGGGCGAGUUCCGCUCCGAGGGUCUCUCUCAGACCGACAAUUUGAUCUCAGCUCACCUCCCGCGUACUUCCGUUUAUCUCGAAAAGAAGUUACGUCUGGAGUGGGGGAACAACGAACCAGUCUGUGGCCCUCUCUCUGUUCUCGUGAGAGGAAAAGCGAAACAAGCUUCUCUCCCUUCUCCCCCCUCUCUUGGAAAGGAUUCAACAAUGUGUUUUUAUCGUCGCAAAUCUCUUUUCUUCCACGAACGUUUUUUAUCUAUCAAUCUAAUUGAUUAUUCUGAACCCUCUCGUGUUCCGAUGUUCUUGGUAUGCUUUCCCUCCGCUGAUGAAGGCCGAAGGACGAACAUCGAGGAUGAAGAUGGAAAAAGAAGCAAUUGGUUUUCCAGUGAAAAAUUGACGAAUAUCAUAUAUACUGCAUUCUCUCUUGGUCAUCCGUAUGGUCAACACGCUGGUUGAACUUCAAGGAUUUUUUUCUCUCUAACCUCGCACGGUCAAUGCAAAUUACCACCGAGUCACACACAUACGAGUAUACCAAACACAUACCAAGAAAAACUAACAUAUAUAUAUGUUUCCGUCGCCACUUUGUCCAACAUACAGAAGAGACCUGUUACUAUAAACGAUUAUCGAUCUGUGUCGUCCUUUCCAUUUUCUUCUUUGAUCCGGAGCUCCUCUUACAGCACGCGUUAACAGGCAUAUUUAUCAGCUAUCCUCGAUGUCACUGGUAUCGUAGCAGUGGCCCAUUAUCGUUCUUGGAUCAUCCAUAGCCAUUGUUUCAUUGGUCAUCAGUAGUCGAGCAGUCUCGAACUCGAUCCACGCGUUGGCAUCGUUGACACAAUAAGAAUACAUGUUACACUUCAUACGUACAAACCUUUAACAAAAUGCGUGAGUUUUAUAUGUACAUAUAUAUAGGUAUUAUGUAUGUAGAGAGCACGUAUUGCGCAAGCCGAUGGAAACCAUAUUUGCGCGAAUACGUUGCGCCAAAUUGUAUAUUAUGUAUCUGUUUUGCGAGUAUAGAGCGAGGGGGAACGAAUGUAUAAAAGAGAGCACAAAAAACUGAGUGCGUGAUUGAAAGUGAGAAUGUGUGCCGUGUGCGUUGCGUGCAUAUUAUGUUACGUACGUGUGUUGCCAUAUAGGAUGAAUGAGAGUAAGAAAGAAAGGAAGGAACAGUGUCGUGUACAGUGUACGUGAAAGCAAGCAACAAACAUGAGGCAAACAUCUGUGAUUUUCUUCAAACGAAGAGAGGGCAUGUUUCGUGCAUAUAUCGAAUAAUUAUCUUUUCUGGUGUUUCGAACGUGACAGAGGAAUCAAGUCAAAUGAAGAAUAUAUGCAUGUAUGUUGAUAUGAAUAAGGAGUGAGCAAAAGUGUAUCCUUUUUUUUUUUUAUAUUGCUCGAUCUCUUUCUCUUAUCGCUUUAGUUUUUUACUUUUCAAAAUUGGUACAAUCGAACAACCUUGUUUCAUUCAUAUAUAUAUGCAAUAGAAGUCGUAAUGGGUAUUAUUACGUGUUACACACGCAAGUGUAAAUGUGUGUGUUUCAAUUUCACUUACAAGAAAACUUAACUUAAAGCUAACUUAAAACAUGAAGUUUUUCUUAAACUUUCGUAACUUUGUAGGAGACUUCUAUAUAAAUAUCGGGAAAUUUUCUUCCUCUUCUUUUCACUUCUAUUAUUCUAGAGCUAAUGUAUAUUUUCCUAUUCCCCUCUCUCACACACUGUAUUACUCUUAUUCUAGGAAUCGUCAAUCUUCUCAAGUCCAAAAAUAUUACACAGAAAUGUUCACUUUAACAAUUUCUUUAUACUCAUUACGGCUUUCAAAAUAUGUAUACAGGAAAAUGGGGAAACAUGCCGACUUGCAAAGAUUAUUUUCUUACAGAAAAAGUAGAAAGUAAGAAGAAAAAAUUGUCUGACACCUACAUUGUUCAAAACUAGAAAGUUUUAAGAAAACGUACGAAAUUUCCUAGGUUCUCGAAGCUUUCUUGAUAACAAAGAAAACGUACGAAAUUUCCUAGGUUCUCGAACCUUUCUUCAUAACAAUUCUAUUGUUUCGAGAUAAAAUCGUUGAAUUAUACAUAUAUGUACAUACUCUCGUAUAUGUAUAUGCAUAUGUAGAUACACAGUUGUUUCAUCAUGGGUUCUCCGAUGGCGUAUCUGGUUUAGUGGGAUUUCGAUAACAACUAUCAAAUAGAAUAUGAAAACGACCAUCGUCUGAUAAUAUGAUCGGAUGAUAUAUCGUUUCUCCUUUCUUUUCUUCGCGUAAUAUUAACUCGCGCUAAACAUUGAAACGUGGUGUGCAAGAAUUUGAGAGAAUGCCGUUCAUUUGUAAUGAUCGUAGUAUAGAAUCGUGAUCACGUGUAGUGUGAUAGAGGACAAAAAAGGAAGAGAGAAGAGAUAAGUAUGUUUGUGAAGAAUAGAGCAAAAUGGAAAAGGUAGCCUUGUCGCGUUCGGUGUCGAAUCAGAAGUGUUUGUAUGUAGCAAUUAUAUAGAAACCAUGUCUGUGAUUAUAUUAAAAAUAGAGAGACAAUAUGAGCAAUCUCUGUGUGCGAGAGCGACCUAAUUAGAGGUGCGUGUAUGCAUCUCUGAAUAAGAUCAUGAGUACACGUGCCUGUAUUGUACUAAUAUCUAAAAGUAUAUAAUAUAUAAAUAUGUUUAUAUUAAAAAAGUAUGCGUGGCAAUUUUAAACGGAUUUAAUUUAUAGGUUAAUUAUGUUUGCGAUCAACCUCUGCGGAUUGUGCAUUACAUAUAUGUAUAUGAACGUCGUCUAUACGGAUUAAUUUCACUUCUUUUUGUUUGCAUGUUCUUCCAUCCACGUAAACGAAUUGCACUUUAUGUUGGAAAAGAUUCGAUCGUUCCUAUCGGUUAGUUUAGUUUUUCUCCUUUAACUGGUCCUAUACGUUUAUAUAUUUUGUUAAUUUGCGGUCGAUGAACACAUUAAUACGAAUUUGUGAACGUUCGAUUAAAAUUGCUAAGCAUGCUCAAAUUGUGACCGAGCGCGUAAAACUACAAGAACAGAAAAAAAAGAGAUUCGAAUUUGCUCUUUCAUUUCCAAGAUCAGAAAUGCAAACCGAUUCUCUCUAAACGACCUAUUGGGAAAUCUGUCGAAAGUAAUGUUGGACGAAACAGGUGAAAGUGUGAGAGUCGAACGGCGACGUAGAAAAUCUCGCACACCGUCUAGUACUUACCAUAGAAUCACAUAGCGCAGUUUCAGACAACAGCUAGAAAAAGGCAUUUCAUUUCCGUUUUAUUUGCCCUUCGCUUGGAGCCAGGAAAAAAACAAAAUUUUCACAAUAUCGUAUAGGCAGUACUCGUUUAAUAUAUGCCGUUGGAUUCGCCUAUGUGGAUUAUACACGUUGUAGAUUAUAUCACACGUAACAGAUGAACACAUACACGAAAUGAAUGACAUGACACGCGUAGCGAGAGAACAAGCGGAAACUCAGCGAAACAAAUUGCAAGAAUGAGAGUGAGAGAAAAGCAGAACACCGUUUCAUGAGUGAAUUGUAAUUACUAUAUAUCCAUAUACAUAUAUAUACGAAUAUAUUAUAUAUACAUAUUUAUAUGUAUAUAUAUGUGUAUAUACAUAUAUGUAUAUAUAUAUAUGUAUAUACAUACAUGUAUAUAUAUAUGUGUAUAUAUACACACAUACACACACAUCUUGUAACUAUACAUAGGGUCCUUCAGGAAGAAUUUGUACAAACCCGCUGGGAUAUGGCACCAGCAGUCUGUGAUUUUAGCUUGGUUAAUUCAGUAUUUUUUUAAAUAAAGUGAGACAAAAUCAAGAUAAAUGAUAAAAAAAAAAACAAGAUUCGAAUUGCGAGGAAGCUCGUGCAUGAGAUACGAGCAAGAGAAAGUUCUGCAUGAGAAAACAUUGUCGUUCACUGUGUACGUAUGCUAGGGCCAGGGGAUGGGGAUGAUGAUGACGAUGAUGAUGGUAGGGUCGAGGCGAAUGUAAAGAACGCUUGCGGGAGGAAAGAGAGGGAAAUGCAGGGAAGAGAACAUAUUGCAAAGUGCAAAUGGAAAAAAUAUUUAUUGCGUGUAUAUUUAAUGCGACACUUGUACAAAAAAAUCCCAAUAAUUUAACAUUUCAAUUUUUUUAAUGCAAAUACGCGCGAUUGUUGCGAACAAUUGCCCUUUGAAAUUCGCGAAAAUUGUAAAUACGAUAUUAAUGUAUAUGCGAUAUGUAUUUCAAUCGUGAGUUCACAAAAGUGACACGUGAGACGGAAAGCGAGAAUUUAUUUUCUUUAUUUUUCAAAAUGGAAUUCAAACAUUAUGUAUGUAUAUAUUUUAAUAUUAAAUUUAUAGAUUUUAAUUUUCUAUAGCCGGAAAUUUUAGAGUUAGUUUAAUUAUAAGUUGUGCGGUUGUGGUUUCAAAAUUAUAAUAUAUAUUGAAUAUAUUGAUUGAUUACAGUCUCGCUUCGCGUAAACACGUGCAAUUUUGCGAUUGUUUCGAGAUAGAUUUAUAUACACAAAUGCGAAUACAUGCGUCUUCCGUUCGUAUUUUUCAUUGUGUUCCCUCCGCUUUCUCUGUUGACAUAAAAUGACGAGUAACUGAGAUUGUGUGAGAGAGAAAGGCAAUAGUCGAAAUCACAAAUCUGACAUGUAUAUGAAGCGCGAAAUUAGACUACAUAUAUGCCGCGUGUCUUUCUUUUCUGUCAAAUAAACUGUUUUGUUGGGACACCAGGAAGGAGAAUGCACGAGAUAUAGUAUAGAGAGAGGGUAUAGUUUAAAAAGGAACAAGGAAAAUCAAGCGAUUAGUCCGAGUCGAAGCAUUUUUUUUCGAACGUGAGAACGAGAGAAAGCGUGGAAGAAAGAGAGCGAGAGAGAGAGAGAGGGAGAGGGUGAGGUUUGAGAGUAUAAUGAGGGAUAAAAAAGAGAAUGGAUAUUGGACAUUAGGAGAGCGUAUAGCCUGGCAGGGGUGCUCAACUCGGGUAAAGUGGGCCGUGGGUCUCAUCGUGGUAACAUAAUUGUGAUACCGGAUUUACUGUACUGAUUAGGGAAAAUUCAUACUGAUUUUAAUACGCAUUCUCGUUUGAGACGAAAACCAAAAGAGAAGAACACUGACCCAAGGUUAUCGAGAUCCGAAUUCGGCGACCCUGUUGGCCAGUGCACAAGUAAAAAAGAAACAUUCGUUCACAUAUACACAAACGUACAGAACAGGCAGGACAGCUAAUUGUAAGACACAUAGAGACAUACAUGGACAAACUUUUAUACAUAUACAUACAUUGGAGACGUACGAUACGAUAUAACACGACACAAUAUAAUUUCGAAAUAAUUGCGGGCGAAAUAAUCUGUUCGAAGAACUCUGCAUAAAAGAAAUUCACUUUACCGAUGUAUGUAUACUACACUGUCAUUAACAAACACAUGUAAAACAUAUGUGGCAGACACGAAUACACACAUACACACACUCACACUCACGCGUAGACGAAUACACUUUGACGAGAUACAUGGAACAGACACGAGGAACACGUUACGUACACUCUCGAAUCUGUAGACUGUAGGUUUAAUAUUAAUUAUUAUGAAUUAUAAUUAUUAUAUAUCUAUUAUUAUAUCAAUGUAUAAUUAUAUUUAGUUUUUAGGUUACUAUGUCUAUCAUUUCCCGCUUGUACAUAUGCCGUGAGCUCGAAAAAAUUAAAUCUUUAUCAAAAGAAAUCUAUAAUUUUUUCGACUGUUUUUGUACAGAGAUAAUAAAAACAAAGGCCUCGUGCUUAUGAAAUUUCAUGAAUAUAAAA